GACCAGGGGAACUCCAGAAACUCCUCCCACCCUGAAGACAGGAUAUUUCUGGUGAUAAACAUCAACAUUCCUCCAGAGCAUCAGAUUAACAGCCUUUCUCUCUCUCCGUCCCAGCAUCACCUCUUCUCUCUCUCAGCCUGACAAUCAUCAUUAUCACCAUCUUAACCACUGCCAGGAUCUUCUCUGUUUUACAGCUGUAGCUAAACCACUGCGCCAUGGCAACCUUGGAUGGUUUUCCCGCCAGUUUCUAUGGGGAGCCGGGGGUGUUGGGUAUGUUGGCCAAUGGGAUCAGUGCGUUCCUGGUUCUACUGCAGAACUUCAACACAGCUAGAACCGGAGUAUCUGCCGAGGGGGUGGAGAACAUUCUGGCAGGUGUUCAUCUCAUCCUGAUAGGUGGAGUGUGUCAGCUGAUUGCCGGCCUCCUGUCGUUCCGUAAAUACGACCACCUGAGUGGCACCGCCUUCAUUGGCUAUGCAGCUCUCUGGGGCAGCUAUGGUGCCACACGCAUCUUCCUGGGUGCAUCCCAACCAAUCACAACUAACCUGACCAUGUCACAUGACCUGAUGAGUAACACGACCCCGCUCACUGCCCUCACGACCAACCUAUCCCUGUCGGCUGAACUCUGGAACAGCACCUCGCAGAGUCCUGAUUGGCUGUCUCUCCUGCUCAUCCCCCAGUCUGCCAUCGCAGGAUUGGUCCCCUACAUCCUUCUAUCCUUCCUAUUGGCCUUCUGCUCUGCCACGGUAAACGUCAUCAUGCCCUUCGUGUUCGGUGCCAUCACGCUUACCCUGCUGUUUGAGGCUGUGGCAGUGGGCGUGUCCUCGGCCUGGCCACUGGUCGUCUCUGGCAUUCUAGAACUCCUCAUCCUCCUUUUUGCCGUGUACGGCAGCGCCGCCCUGUUGGUGAAAGGUCUGGCGCAGCGCUAUGUCCUCAAGGGGUUUGGCACACCCCUGUUCAAUGUGCUCCUGCUGGGGACCAACAGCCCUGCGGCCAGCGCCCAGAGCCUGGGGCAGGAGAAGAAGAAGAACACCAAGUACGCUGAACCUCAGGCGCUCUUCUUCUUCUGUGACACGGUGUCUCCCUUCAUCAUGUUGUUCUACAGCUUUGGAUACGUCACGUCCUUCUCCCUGGGUGCUGUGUGGGUCUCCAUCAUCUCUGCUGCUCAACUCCUCUCUAGCUACUACGCUCACCUGCGGCAAGAUGGCUACCUGGUCACCAAGGCCGGCCUGCAUGCCACCUACUGGCUUACCAAGGCGUGGGAGGAGUUUGUGUUGUCGGCUGUGAUCGUGUCGGAGCCGGAGAGAGAGGUGGCUACUGGGAGACAGGCGAUGGUUGGUGAUUGGUUCUUCGUGGCGGUGGCGCUCCUCCUCCUAGUUGUCAGUCUGAGUAAUGACACCCUGGAGGUUACCCAUAAUGCUCUGUUCCUGCUGCUGUCCGUCUCCACGGUCCCCCAGAUCCCCCUCCAGGGGUACUAUGUGUUCUUCGGGGUGUCCUGUUCCCUGUUCGCCUCCGUUUCGCUCUACGGGACAUUUUGCCGCCUGAUCAACUCCAUCGCUGAGAAGAGUCUGAUCCCGGUGGGUCCUCAGCCCAUCUCCUCCGACCGUCUCCACUCCUUCCUGUCCUGCUUUCGUUCCCCGGGGAAACUCCAGGGGGCGCUGCCUUCAUCAUCAUCAGCAUCCUCCCUGACCAAUCAGAUCCCUGACGCUCUGUUCUACCUGACCAAUGGCGUGGCCGCUCUCUCGGCGCUCCACGCGGCCUCAUCCAGUCAGAGCGUGUCCUUCCUGCGACUGAGUGUUCCCUGGGUUCUGGUAUCUGGAGCGGUGGUACAGGGGUUCGUCAGCAGGCUGCAGGUCAGAGGAGGACAGAGGUUUGGCUCCGUCAUCCCAUCCUUCUACCUGUCUGUCUGGGCCACCUGGACAUGGUAUCGCUUCGCAGGCCCCUUGCUGCAGAUCUCUCCAGUAGGAUCCUAUGGGUUUACAGCUGGAGCCAUCGCUUUCCUGGUCCUCAACGCUUUCCUCAUGCUCAUCGCUGCGUAUGGUAACCUGGUCCUCUUGUCUCUGACCGUGGUCAUGGAGAUGGUUCUGGUGUGUUUCCUCCUGUCCACUCUGCAACAGCUCCCCUACCAGCUGGAGAUUGCCAUGCUAGCUGUGUUCUCUGUCGUCUGUCUAUAUGGAACCCUGGCAUCACUGGUCAACUGUACCUUCCGUCGGAGUGUGAUGCCCAUGGGGCCUCCACUGGUUAAGGAUGUGAAUCAGCAGCAGAAGUCCUCCGCUGCUCUGCCUUGUCCCGUGGCAGACUCCAGACUGACCAGCGGUCUUCUGAAGAUCUCCAGACUGCUGGACGACGGUGGGGUCUGUGGAAUCCCCACCGAUACGGUCUACGCCCUGGCCGCAUCCUGCAAGAACCCUCAGGCCAUCGAGAACAUCUACAACAUUAAGGACCGUCCAGCAGAGAAGCCCAUCUGUAUCUGUAUCUCCAGUGUGGAGCAGCUGGUGGCAGCCAAGCCCCCAUUCAGCUCUCUACUCUGGGAAUUCAUGAGGAACGUCUACCCUGGAGGGAUCAGCUGCAUCGUCAGCAAGGGGGACUGGCUACUCAGACUGGGUGUGGGUCCGGCCUACGACCGCGUGGGGACCAAUGAUAGCAUCAUGAUCCGAGUCCCUGACCACACCGUCACAGGACACCUGUGUGACAUCACCGGACCACUUGCCAUCACCUCAGCCAAUCCCAGUGGAGAACCCGACAGCACGCACCACGACAUGGUCAUCAGUCGGCUGGGCCAUAAGAUCCAGGGGGUUCUGUGUGACGGGGAUUCCAACGAGAUCGUAGCCUCAACGGUGGUGAACUGCCUCAAGAUAGAUGAAGGCACGAUUAGUAUCGUGAGGGAAGGCUGCGUCCCGGCGGUGAAGGUCCGACAGAUCUUUGAGAGGGUGAAGACCAGUAUGUUGUGAGGAGGACCCUUCCCUCCGUCCCUCUAUCCUCUCUUCCAUCCAGCUCCCCUCCCCCAUUCUCUCCCUCCAUCCUCUGUUGACCAAUGACGACACUCAGAUCAGAUACUGGACCCACCCACCUCAGUCCACCAUCCAAUGUGUCUCUCAAACAUGUUGAGGAACAGUUGUUACAUAUUUAUUCUGUAUGUUGUCGAUUUAUCAUAUAUAAAUAUGUGCAUUUUAUAUUCUAUUUUAGGAUUAUAAGUAUGUUUUGUUUUGUUCUGUAUGAUUUGAUUAUGUAAAAUGAAGUGGUAACAGAAAUUAUACUCCAAUGAUGUAGUACUCUAAAUGAGGGAUUAAUGAAGGAUGAUGUAGUACUCUAAAUGAGGGAUUAAUGAAGGAUGAUGUAGUACUCUAAAUGAGGGAUUAAUGAAGGAUGAUGUAGUACUCUAAAUGAAGGAUGAUGUAGUACUCUAAAUGAGGGAUUAAUGAAGGAUGAUGUAGUACUCUAAAUGAGGGAUUAAUGAAGGAUGAUGUAGUUCUCUAAAUGAGGGAUUAAUGAAGGAUGAUGUAGUACUCUAAAUGAGGGAUUAAUGAAGGAUGAUGUAGUUCUCUAAAUGAGGGAUUAAUGAAGGAUGAUGUAGUACUCUAAAUGAAGGAUGAUGUAGUUCUCUAAAUGAGGGAUUAAUGAAGGAUGAUGUAGUACUCUAAAUGAGGGAUUAAUGAAGGAUGAUGUAGUACUCUAAAUGAGGGAUUAAUGAAGGAUGAUGUAGUUCUCUAAAUGAGGGAUUAAUGAAGGAUGGUGUAGUACUCUAAAUGAGUGAUUAAUGAAGGAUGAUGUAGUACUCUAAAUGAGUGAUUAAUGAAGGAUGAUGUAGUUCUCUAAAUGAGGGAUUAAUGAAGGAUGAUGUAGUACUCUAAAUGAGGGAUUAAUGAAGGAUGAUGUAGUUCUCUAAAUGAAGGAUGAUGUAGUUCUCUAAAUGAGUGAUUAAUGAAGGAUGAUGUAGUACUCUAAAUGAGGGAUUAAUGAAGGAUGAUGUAGUACUCUACAUGAGGGAUUAAUGAAGGAUGAUGUAGUUCUCUAAAUGAGGGAUUGAUGAAGGAUGAUGUAGUACUCUAAAUGAGGGAUUAAUGAAGGAUGAUGUAGUACUCUAAAUGAGGGAUUAAUGAAGGAUGAUGUAGUACUCUACAUGAGGGAUUAAUGAAGGAUGAUGUAGUACUCUAAAUGAGGGAUUAAUGAAGGAUGAUGUAGUUCUCUAAAUGAGGGAUUGAUGAAGGAUGAUGUAGUACUCUAAAUGAAGGAUUAAUGAAGGAUUAUGUAGUACUCUACAUGAGGGAUUAAUGAAGGAUGAUGUGGUACUCUAAAUGAUGGAUUAAUGAAGGAUGAUGUAGUUCUCUAAAUUAGGGAUUAAUGAAGGAUGAUGUAGUACUCUAAAUGAGGGAUUAAUGAAGGAUGAUGUAGUACUCUAAAUUAGGGAUUAAUGAAGGAUGAUGUAGUACUCUACAUGAGGGAUUAAUGAAGGAUGAUGUAGUUCUCUACAUGAGGGAUUAAUGAAGGAUGAUGUAGUACUCUACAUGAGGGAUUAAUGAAGGAUGAUGUAUGUGAAUGUACAAUGCUGCUGGGUAUAAAUUAAUAAUACAUUAUUGUGAAGUACUGUUUAACUGGGAAUAUAUAUAUGGUUUAAUAUGGGAGAUUGACGCAGGCCAAAUGCAUACAUGCAAAAUUGAAAAGCAUGAUUUGCUUUGGCAAUUUACUGCAAUAGAUCCAUGUACAUAGUGAAGUUAUACUUAAAAAAAACUGUUGUAGAUCCAUGUAUAUAGUGAAGUUAUACUUUCAGAAUAAAACUCUAAUUAAAUAUA